AUGACUUUCCUCCCGACCUGCACCCCCCGCGACGCCGGUGCACCUGGUCGCAGUCGGGUCUUUGUGUACUUGGCCCUGGCCGUAAGCUUUCUCUUACUCUCCUAUCAGCUAGUCUUGAACCACGAAACUUUCACUGCCGUGUCGCAUUGGGCGCUCGGCAAAGGCCCUGCGUCAACGAGUAAUGUCACGAACAUCUCUGAACCACACCUAGCGGGACUGGAGGGACUAGAGAGCGACUCCGUCGAGCAAAUCGAAGACAAACCGGUGGAGGACGACAUCUAUGCAUCGCUACAAGACCCGGAGAAUCAAUCAACACCGAACAAGCCGCCCGACGAGAAUCCAGGUGAUAUCCUGGACGAGCAUCAAGAGUCGAAUGCCACCCACCCAGUUCAGACUCGCAAGAAAGAGGUCGUGUUCGCCGCGAUGCGCAACAGCAAUAUGUCCUGGGUUGAAGAAAACCUGCCCGAAUGGUACUCGAAUAUCUAUCGAGUGGACAUGUCUCCUAGCGAGACCGAUCUGACAGUACCUCUCAAUAAGGGUAAUGAGGCCAUGGUUUAUCUCACGUAUCUCAUCGACCGAUACUGGACUCUUCCCGAUGUGGUCGUUUUUGUGCAUGGUGCACGCUACCAGUGGCAUAACGAUAACCCUUCGUAUGACGCCGUUAUCUCCCUGAAGGACCUUAAGGUCGACUGGGUCCGCGAAGCCGGUUACGUCAAUCUGCGUUGUACUUGGGUCAUUGGUUGCCCCGUUGAACUCGAGCCCGCCCGGUAUUUUCGCGAACGACCCGACGAUGUUCAGCAUCCGACUGCAGUCGCCUUCCCGGAUAGCUUCAUGGAACUGCUCCCGGGCACCGAAUUGCCGGAGACGAUCGGCAUCCCGUGCUGCAGCCAGUUCGCCGUGUCGCGCGAGGCCGUGCACGCCCACGACCGAGACACGUAUAUCCAUAUGCAGCAGUGGCUUUUGAACACCCCGUUAACGUCCGAUGUAAGCGGGCGGGUGUUCGAAUAUGUGUGGCAUAUUCUAUUCGGACAAUCAGCGCAGCACUGUCCCGACAUGCGGGAGUGCUACUGUCGCACAUAUGGCUAUUGUGACAUGAGCGACGAAGCCGUGCAGACUUAUUGGACCUGGCGGGGCCUGGUCCUCCCCGAAGGGUGGCCCGACGCCGGGGCUGAGACGGGGCCUGUCAAGCGGAGUCCUCCUAUCGAAAUUGCUCAUGUACAUUAA